AUGGAACGGCAUCGAGCGGCUGCGCGAGCUCAAGCGCGGCGCGAGCGUGAUGCUGAGAUUAGGACUAAUGUGCCGUCCGACUUCGAUCUCGAUGCGAGAACCGAACGAGCUCGAACACUGGACGUUCUGGAAGGUGCACCAAGGACAGGGACUAGCCGCUUACUCACUACCUACUCCCAGAAUCCCACCACCAUGAGAGACCACGAUCGCGCUGGCGCCGAAAUCGAAGACGAAUUCGACGCCACUGGCCUCGAUCUGGAAAGCUUCACUUCCAGUAGACUCGACAGCGGACAUGCAGUAAUGACUGAUAAGAGAAAUGGCCGGGUCAUCACUUCCAAUGUAGAUGGGACUGAGGCGCAUAUGCUGACGAUGGGGAAGGAUGGCGGCUGCUGGGGGGAUGUGAGAGGUGACUACAAUGAAGUGGCCUGCGCAGCGUGA